AUGCAAAAUCUCUCAAACAAGUAUGAACUUGUUAAAAAUGACGUUAAAGGUGAAGUCGAAAUUAAAGAUUUAGAAACUAAAGAAAUAAUACAUAAAAAAAUUAGAAAGAAGGUUCCAGGUGGUUAUUGUUCAAACUUAAUUGAGCCAAUAAACGAAGUACUUCUAGGUGAAAUACAGGGUGACAGUACAAAAGCAAAAUUAAAAAAAAUUUUAUUAUACGAGCCUGAUGAUAUUAUCGAAUUAAAAGAUUCAGGAAUACUUAGUUUUGAAUAUAAAUUUAAAUGGGAAAAUGAAAAAUUUGUUUGUAAAAAACGUGUAUUCUCUAAGGAAUUAGAAUGUAAAAUGGUACAAGCUGGAGAUGAACCUGAUAUUGGUAUCGCUUUAUAUCAACCAAAAAAAAAAACUCUUGGAACUGUGGAAAUUAUGUCUGAUAAUAUGAGUCGUCUUAAUAUUCAAGAUCGACGUGGACUUGAAUACGUUUUAUUAAUAUCUAUACUAUCUUUUUUGGAUAAAUCUGAUGAUGAUCAAUUGGCUGAAAAAGAAAAAGCUGAGAAAUUAUUACAAGAAAAGAGGGAUGAAGAAUAUGCAAGAAAAUUAUUGGAAGAUCAACGUUUAAAACCUCCAUCAGAUACAACAGGCUAUUAUUAUGGACCACGGUCUAAUUCUUUAACAUCUGCUUCACCCAGAGUUUACCCGCCUCCAUCAUCAGAAUCGAGUCGCGCAACUUAUUAUGAUGAUAACACAUUUCAAACUCGUAAACAAAAGCUUGCAAAGCACAAACCUAAAGAAUAUACGAAUGAAUAUGGAUGGUAA